AUGAAGACAAGCAAGAGUUGGUUUUAUUACACCGUUUCAAGUAGUAGAAGGAAGAACCGCAAAGCCCACUUCACUGCCCACUCAAGCAAAAGAAGGAUAAUCAUGAGCGCAGUUCUCUCCCGCGAACUUAGACAAAAGUAUAACGUCAGAUCAAUACCGAUCAGAAAGGACGACGAAGUCAUGGUGGUGAGAGGACAUUACCACGACAGAGAAGGAAAAGUGACCCAAGUCUAUCGUAAGAAGUGGAAAAUAUACAUUGAACGUAUAACAAGAGAUAAAAACAACCGCGAAAGCGUUCAAGUUGGAAUCCAUCCCAGCAAUGUCGUCAUUACAAAGCUGAGACUCGACAAACACCGUCGCAAGAUACUUGAAAGGAAAGGAAAAUCGUCGACAAAGGGAAAAUACACCGAACACGACGUUAAAGUAUAA